UGGUUUGCAAACCAAAGCAAUUUAGAGGUUUAGGUUUUAGGGAGGGAACUAAGUGGAACAAAGGCCGAAUACUUGUGGACUAUCACAAUAAAACAUGAUAUACUAUGGAUUGAGUGGAUCAAUAGUAUUUACUUAUAGAAUCAUGAUGUUUAGGUUCAUCAGCCUAAGCUAGAUAAAUAAUCUGAUCUAUAAGUGUUAUGAUAAAACUGUUUACAUUUUCUGUAUCCGUUCGUGUUAGAAAUUUUCUUCAAAUUUGUUAUAUUUUAAAAAAAAGUUAUCGAAAAUUAAACUCAGGAUCUUAUUUUUACCAUUUUGAAAAAUACAAGAUUUAUUUUAUCAUUUAACAAAACAGAGAGUUCAAUCGAUAACUUUUGCAAAACACAGAGUCCAAAAAUAAUAUUUAGCCUUUAGAUAAAGUUUUACUAACCUUUUGAAAUUUAAAAUUAAUAAAAUUUGUCAUCAAUUCAAAAGUGUUACGUAUGGUAUACGAGGUAAAAAAACAAAAAGGUCUAUAAAAUGCUCGAGUGACUAGAGUAGACUUUACUAUUAGCAAAAAGAAAAAAGAGUAGCAUAAACUUACGUAGAACCAGACCAGUUAGUGCCUUUUGAACUAGAACCAAUUCUAUUUGAAUUGUGGAAGCCAUUUCAAAUUGUAUUUACAUAGCUCCGUCAAUGGAAAGUAAGAGCAUUCGUUUGGGUAAUCUCUUGCAGUUUUGCAUAGACAAGAAAACCCACAAGGCUGGAAAACUAAUUCAUGGCUAUAUACUGCGCAAUGGAAUGACCUUUAACACUUUCCUCUCUAAUAGACUCAUUGAAUUGUAUUCCAAAUGCAGUAAUAUGGCUUAUGCUCACCAAGUGUUCGAUAAAAUUCCUAAGAAAGAUGUGUAUUCUUGGAAUGCCCUUCUGGGUGCUCAGUGCAAAGCUGGAAAUAUGCAAGAAGCUUAUGAGUUGUUUGUGAGAAUGCCUGAGAGGAAUGUAGUUUCGUGGAAUAGUGUUAUUAGUGCUUUGGUCCGUAAUGGGUUGGAACAGAGAGCAUUGGAUGUUUAUGAUACCAUGAUUUUGGAAGGAUUUUUGCCUACCCGUUUCACAUUGGCAAGUGUUUUCAGUGCAUAUGGAGGAUUGUUAGAUGUUAAGCAUGGUCAAAGAUGUCAUGGCCUUGUUAUUAAGAUUGGUCUUGAGAACAAUGUGUAUGUGAGCAAUGCUUUGCUGUCCAUGUAUGCUAAGUGUGGGCUUAUCAGGGAUGCAGUUCAAGUUUUCGAUUACAUGAUUGAGCCUAAUGAGGUCACUUUUACAGCUUUGAUGAGUGGGUUAGCGCAGACAGAUCGAGUCUUGGAGGCGCUGCAGUUGUUUAGACUGAUGUUGAGAAAAGGUAUUGAUUUAGAUUCCGUUUCUUUGUCAAGCAUUAUGGGUGUAUGUGCUAGAGGAGGAUUCAAAGAAUUUGAUGACUUUAACCAGGGCAGUGGCUUAUGUGGUAUGAGUGGGAAACAAGUACAUUGUUUAACACUUAAGCUUGGAUUUGAUGAGGAUCUUCAUUUGAAUAAUUCAUUGCUUGAUAUGUACGCAAAGAAUGGAGACAUGAGUUCCGCUGAGAAGGUUUUUGAUAGCUUGCCAGAAGUGAAUGUUGUUUCUUGGAACAUUAUGAUAUCUGGUUACGGCCAAAAAUAUCAAACUGAGAAAGUAAUAGAAUGCCUCCAAAGGAUGUGUCAGCUAGAUUUUGAACCAGAUGAGGUCACAUAUAUUAACAUGCUUGCUGCAUGUGUAAAGUCAGGGGAUAUAGAAACUGGGCGCCAAAUGUUUGAUAGUAUGUCAUUCCCGAGUGUUGUUUCAUGGAAUGCCAUGCUGUCUGGCUAUUUUCAAACUUGUAACCACAAAGAGACAGUAAAGCUUUUUAGAGAAAUGCAGUUUCGAAAUGUGCAGCCAGAUCGAACAACUCUAGCCAUUACUUUAAGCUCGUGUGCAGGAAUGGGAUGUCUGGAAGCCGGAAAGCAAAUCCAUGUCGCUUCACUUAAAGCUGCAUAUAAUACUGACAUAUAUGUUGCAAGUGGACUUAUUGGUUUGUAUGCAAAGUGUGGGAAGACAGGAUUGGCAAAGAACAUAUUCUAUAAAAUGCCUGUAUUGGAUAUUGUUUGUUGGAAUUCUAUGAUAGCAGGUUUUUCAUUGAAUUCUCUAGAUAAGGAAGCUUUCACAUGUUUUAGGCAGAUGAGGCAAUAUGAGAUGUUUCCCACCCAAUUUUCUUAUGCUACUGUACUAAGUUGUUGUGCAAAGCUUUCUUCUCCAUUUCAAGGAAAACAAGUUCAUGCACUCAUAACAAAAGAUGGAUACAUAAAUGAUGUCUUUGUAGGGAGUUCUCUCAUUGAUAUGUACUGCAAAUGUGGUGACGUAGAUGGGGGUCAACAGUUCUUCAAUACAAUGGCUACUACAAAUACUGUUACUUGGAAUGAAAUGAUACAUGGAUAUGCACAAAAUGGCUAUGGAGAUGAGGCUGUUUCUCUUUACAAGCAAAUGAUUGCAUCAGGUGAGAAACCUGAUGGCAUAACCUUUAUUGCUGUUUUAACUGCUUGUAGCCAUUCAGGUUUGGCUGAUGUAGGUAUUGAAAUAUUCAAUUCAAUGGAGCAAGAACAUGGAGUGGAACCAAUUUUGGAUCAUUAUACUUGCAUCAUUGAUUCUUUGGCUCGUGCGGGUCGGUUUGAGGAAGUAGAAGUACUAAUAGACAGGAUGCCAUAUAAAGAUGAUACAGUCAUAUGGGAGGUUUUGCUUAGUUCUUGUAGGUAUCAUACUAAUGUAACUUUAGCAAAAAAAGCAGCAGAUGAGCUUUUCCGCUUAGACCCGCAUAACGCUACUCCAUACGUGCUUUUAGGCAAUAUCUAUUCUUCUUUAGGAAGAUGGGAUGAUGCUAGGGCUGUGAGGGAUCUGAUGAGUGAUAAUCAGGUUAUGAAGAGUCCAGGUUAUAGCUGGAUUGAAUAUAAAAGUCAAGAUGCUGGCACUCUUGGAGGGUGAUAAUAUUUUCAUUUUACAAAGUGAAGCUAUUCUCUGAUGCACAGAAAAUCCUUUUGUGUUUGACUGUUUAUUACCAUUCAGAUUGGUGUAGUCUGGAACUGUUGAGAUGGUUUUAUCUUUCUCAUGGAUUCUUUAGAGAUUUAAGGAGAUGUGUUUUAAGGGUCAACCAUCAAUUGAAAGGUUCGGGAGACUUUAUAAGAGCAUAGAAAGGCCAAAGUUGUUCUGGGUCUCAGCAGGAGCCCCACUGGCGUGUGUGAUAGUAUGUCUCCACAGUCCACACUCAUUGUUUUAGCAUUCAAAGCUCAACACCAUGGCAUCAGUGUGAUUGGAAAGUUACAAGAAGGAUUAAGCCCCAUCUUCAUGGAACAUGUUGGUUUUCCAUGGUUCUCAUCUUGGAGUUAUGAUCCUGCAUUAUUUUCAUCACUGAAGGUGUUGCGGUGGGGAGAAGUAUAUGUGCUGCCAAAACGCAAAAUGAAUUAAUAAAUAAAAUCAUGAACCAAAACGUACUUGGCCAUGUAGUAAUAUCACAUACAUUUAUUGAAAUCAAAAGUAAAAACAAUGACAAAACAAUAGAGCAGAACACAAACUCUUCUGUAUUGAAUUGUAUAUUAUUCUUA